AUGAGCACCGUCGUGAGAAGUGUUGUCAAUCAUCAGGUGAGAUUCAAGACAACCUAUGCUGUUCCCACUAGAGGAAAGGAAACACUUCACGAUAAAUUGAGAGGAACCAGUACAGCAGAUGUCGGCUUCCCUGUGAAUGAAUCGAUGUCCGUUGCUGUAUGGGCAAAAGGUUAUACCAGAGUCAUACAAAUCAAUCGCCCUCGAGAAUCCAAUAGAAUUACAUCCGAAGUUUCCCGAGACAUGUUACAUCAGUUCAAGAUAUUGGACAAAAAUCCAAUGAUUCAACUUAUUUCAUUCACUGGUAUUGGAAAUGGAUUUUUAAGUGCUGGAUAUGAUGCAAGAGAACUUGAACACUUAAUGGAUAAGGGUGAUUAUGAAACAAUUUAUUCUUUGAUUAGAAAUUCUCACAAACUUGCUUACUAUGCUGGAAAUUGUGAGACAACAACAUUGAGCGUUAUUAAUGGACUUAUGAUUGGUGCUGGUGCUUCUAUUGCAAGUUCUGCCAAUUAUUCUGUAGCCACCCCAGGCUCAAUUUUCGCUGCUCCAGAGGCAUCCUUGGGUUACUUUCCAGAUUGUGCUAUUACUUUCUUACUUUCUGAAAUGAAUCAAAAGCAUGCAGGCCUUGGCACUUUCCUUGGCCUCACAGGUGCCCAAAUUAAGUCUUCUGACUUGAUCCAUUGUGGUCUAGCUAAUGCUUUUGGAUUAGAAAGUGUUGCCCAAUACUUGGCGGAACGAAUUCUUAAUAUCCAGACGACGGUGACACAACAAGAAAUUCAUGAUUGUAUUGUUGAAACCACAGAAACAGCUGUGCCUCCUUUAUCAUUCGGAUUUGAAUUAUACAAGAUUAAGGAACAUUUCUCAAAUAAGAAGAGUGUUGAAGAAAUUUUACAAUCGCUUAAAAAUACUAGCAAUGAUAUUAACAAGACAAAGCCUGAAAGAGAAUGGGCAACUCGUGUUUUGACCACCAUGGAACAAUUAUCUCCAUUGAGCUUAAAGAUAACUUUCAGAGCUAUUACUGAAUGUGACAACGGUUUGAGCGCCAAUGAAACCUAUCAAAGAGACUAUCGCAUUGCAUCUCGAUUAGUCAAGUCUAAAGAUUUCAGACAGGGCUUGGGAGCUGUGUUGAGAGGUACUGAGCCUGUGUGGGAACAUGAAUCAGUUGAAAAAGUUUCUGACAGUGUUGUUGAGUCUUACUUCAGACCAUUUGAAUUUGAACAUGACAAGGAUUGUGAUUUGCAAUUACCUGACGAAGUAUUCCUUGAGGAUCAAAUCCUUUAUCAAAUCUCUAAAAGGAAAUUGGUUGAAAUUGCUAGAAAGUAA